AUGGCCCAGCAUCGACAUCAGUCAUCCUUAGAAUCUGUGUUGGAUUUCUCUCCUACACUUCUCUUAACACCUCAACAAAAACAAAAGGCUCAUGCACUCCUGCAUCUCUUCAUUCAGGAUUAUGGCCUCAGCCAAACCGUACAGAGGGGUUACAGACCCGCAAAACUCAUUUUGGAGAUGUUUGACCGGGUAAUUUCCAAAGACGCCUUUAUAAGACUCUUCUUUUUAUAUAUUUAUGAGAGCCUUAAAGCUACCGGUGAAACUGCUGAUAACGAUAUGGCUACUGCCCUGUCUUACCUUGACUCCUUCGCUGAAGACGGAAGUAUGGAUCCAAGCAAAUCGAUGCGUAUAAAGAGCGCUCUUGAAAGUUUUGCUGAGUAUAUCGUCGACAAUUUCCUUCUCCCACUUAGGGCUUCAUCAGUUAAAACACCACAAGCAACACCUACAGCAUUGUCCUUGACUCAGACACCUACACAAGUGGGCACAAGACAGCGUGUCUCUGCCUUACGGAAAGCCUGCCUUGUACGUGAUCACCAUCGGUGCGUGAUAUCCCGCAAGUUUGAUAUCGUCGAAGCCAGGAAGCGCAGCGCAGAGGAUAGGGAUAACUGUAAAGACGACGAUGGAAAUCUACUGAGCAGUGAAGCACGGGGCGGAUUCCAGUAUCUGGAAGUUGCGCACAUCCUCCCACACAGCUUGACAACAGUGGCACAGGGAGAGUCAGAGCUGAGCGAGUCAAAAACGAAUGUGUUCCGUAUACUUGAUAUGUUUGACCCUGGGCUCAGUCACCGUCUUGAUGGAGCGAAUAUCGAUAGACCUGUUAAUGCUCUUACGCUGACGCUUGAAUAUCAUCGACUAUUUGGUGAAUUUCAAAUCUAUUUCGAACCCACAGGGAGACCACAUGAGUAUAAGAUUGAAUCUCUUGAAGACAGUCCCUUCCUGCGCGAUCCGUUAUUUCCCGUCACUCGUACUCUGAGCCUUAGUCCCAACCGAACAAUCGAUCCACCAGACUCCAGACUUCUCCGUGUCCACUGUGCCAUUGCACAUAUUAUGAAACUCAGCGGGGCAGCAGAACAUAUCGAGAGUGUCCUUCGGGACAUGGAAGAGGUGGACGUUAAAGCUGAUGGCUCAACAAAUUUAGGUUAUAUGAUGGGUUUACGACUCAACGGUUGGGUAAACACUUUGUCAGUGUUUUAA